GUUGGCAUAAUCCAAGGGGUAACCGACGGAGCGCUCAUACCCGAAACCGCGGUCGUUCCGCUUCCGUCGCACCGCGUUCCUCCGGCUUCGGCUUUCUUGAACGAGAUGUCGUAUGAACGGCAACGCACGGAAGAGUCCAAUAUCUUCAAGUACGAAGACGACGGUCCCGUACUGGCC